AUGAAAGGGGUCCCGAGGUGGUCUUUCACAAUAUGGUUAGUCAUGAUAUCAAGGCUUUCUACAAAAGAUCGGCUUCGAAGAUGGGGGAUGAACGUGCCGGCAGAAUGUGUGCUUUACUCAACAGGCAUUGAAACAAAUGACCACCUCUUUUUUGAAUGUCCUUUCUCCUCUGAAGUUUGGUCUCAUUUCUCAACUGGUUUUCCUAAUCCGUCGCAAAAUUUACAAGACAUUAUCUCUUGGAUUGGUUCACUGCAGCUUCCGGCAAAUUCCCCUCGUGGCACCUUGAUCAGGCUCUUCUUUCAAGCAAUCAUUUACCUGUUAUGGAAGGAGCGUAAUGCCAGAAUCUUCGCCACCUCAUCCUCUUCAGCUUCUUCUUUGUUCCAUGUUGUUGAUCGCCACUUCCAUGAUAGGCUACUCUCAUUCCCGGCGGUCAGUCUAAAAGCAUUGAUCGUUUAUUGUCCUCUUUCAAUGGCGACGGAGCAACAAGAUUCGCGACUCUGUUUGGCGUCGAUUCUGGAGGAUUUUCUGAAACAACAAAACCUUCGAGUUAGCGUUGGUGUGGAUUCGAGCUCGAAACAUGCCGAUGAAACUUCUGGAGGAAGAGAUUUUCCAGCAGAUCCUUCAGACUUGAAAAGGUAUGGAGCAGCAAGGUGGCUAAGAAACACACUCGGUGUAGUUGGAGGAAGAGAUUUGCCAGCAGAUCCUUCAGAAGAAGAUUUCAGAAUUGCAUUGAGAAGUGGAAUUUUGCUCUGCAAUGUCCUCAACAGAGUUAAACCUGGAGCUGUACCAAAAGUCGUUGAAGCUCCAAAUGAUCCUCUUGUUAAUCAAGACGGUGCGGCUCUCUCUGCAUUUCAGUACUUUGAGAACCUUCGAAACUUUCUUGUGGUUGUGGAGGAAAUGGGUAUUCCCACAUUCGAAGUCUCCGAUUUUGAGAAGGGAGGUAAAUCCGCAAGAAUUGUGGAGUGUGUUUUGGCUCUCAAGUCAUAUCGCGAGUGGAAGCAGAGCGGUGGAAGCGGUUCAUGGAGAUACAUUGUGAAUUCGAAACCAACCACGUUCGGGUUCGCAAAACAAUACAAACGCAAAGACUCAGAAGCACCCGUGGAUGCGAUCACAAGUAGCCCUUCUAACGCUCAAUCCAGCGAACAACCUUUCUUUGAUCAAUCUGAUUCUAAUACCAAAAAUGGAGUAACUGCCACUUCAAUAGAUGCCAUUGUCCGUGCGGUUUUCACUGAUAAGAGGCAAGAAGAAAUUCCCGGUAUUGUGGAAGAUAUGCUCAAAACUGUCAUGGUAGAAUAUGAACGUAGAUUGGCUACACAGAACGAAUUGAUGAGCGCUGGGAACAAAGAUAAGCUUGACCUUGAGAGAACUAUUUCAGGCAACGAGGAGAUGCUAAGUGAUGCCUCGUACGGAGAAGAAAAUGCGACAAAGAUGGUAAACAACAACAUGGAAGCUUCACAGGAUCAUAAUGUCGAAGAAUCGAAAAUCCAAGACAGUGACUUCUAUGUAAUUUCAAAAGACAAGACUGAGAAGCAACAAAUGAUAAUCGACAGACAGCAAACUCAUACUGAGGAACUGAGACACGAUCUAAAGGCUAUACAAGCGGGUCUCAGUCUCUUGCAGCUGAAAUACCAGCAAGAGUUUACAAGCUUAGGCGAGCAUUUGCAUGGGCUUGCUUAUGCAGCUACAGGGUACCAAAGAGUUCUUGAAGAAAACCGGAAACUUUACAAUCAAGUCCAAGACCUCAAAGGGAGCAUAAGGGUUUAUUGUCGAGUGAGACCGUUCUUGCCUGGGCAAACAAGUGUCUUAACUACAGUGGAUCAAGUAGAAGAGUCAACUAUAUCAAUUGCAACACCUUCAAAGUAUGGAAAAGAAGGUCGAAAGUCAUUCACCUUCAACAAAGUGUUUGGCCCUUCAGCAUCUCAAGAGGCGGUGUUUGCAGACACUCAACCUCUGAUCCGGUCUGUUCUUGACGGUUAUAAUGUUUGCAUAUUUGCUUACGGCCAAACAGGAUCCGGAAAAACUUUCACCAUGAUGGGACCUAAUGAACUGACGGAAGAGAGCUUAGGAGUAAACUACAGAGCACUGAGUGAUCUGUUUCAUCUGUCAAAGAUUCGAAACAGUUCACAAGAUGGAAUCAACGUUCCAGAGGCUACAUUGGUUCCAGUCUCCACAACUGCGGACGUCAUUUAUUUGAUGAAUCUUGGUCAAAAGAACCGUGCGGUCAGUGCCACAGCCAUGAAUGACCGUAGCAGUCGCUCCCACAGUUGCCUCACAGUACACGUUCAAGGAAAAGAUCUGACAUCAGGAGCCACUCUAAGGGGUUCAAUGCAUUUAGUUGAUCUUGCUGGAAGCGAAAGGAUCGACAAGUCUGAGGUCACUGGUGAUAGGUUGAAAGAGGCACAACACAUCAACAAGUCUCUCUCUGCUCUUGGUGACGUGAUUGCGUCUCUCUCACAGAAAAACAACCACAUCCCUUAUCGCAACAGCAAACUCACCCAACUGCUGCAGGACGCGUUAGGAGGACAAGCGAAAACGCUCAUGUUUAUUCACAUUAGCCCUGAACUUGAUACUCUGGGAGAAACACUUAGCACCCUGAAAUUUGCAGAGAGGGUGGCCACUGUUGAACUCGGUGCUGCUCGUGUCAAUAAAGACACUUCUGAGGUUAAGGAACUCAAAGAACAGAUUGCUAGUUUGAAACUUGCGCUGGCGAGAAAGGAGAGCGAGGCAGAUCAAACGCAGCUCCCAAGACCGCUUACACCUGAUAAACUCCUCAGAAAGAAGUCGCUUGGAGUUUCUUCUCCAUUCUCUAAAUCAGCAAACACAAGACAGUUCCAAACCAAACAUAAGCCAUCACAGAUUGAUGAUGUCAACAGCAUUGAGGGUCGAAGCGACUCUGCAUCCAGCGUUGACUUACAAGGACUAGUUGGUUCACCUUCAUGGAAAAGCCCGUCGAUAGAUGGGAAAGAGGAGGAGAUGGAGUUUAUGUCAGAUAGUGAAUGGGUUGAUAAACACGCGGACGAAAUCACACGUAAUAACAAACCUGAAAGCAGAUCGCAAACGCAGCUCGAUAAGCGGUCGUCUAGCUUGAAACGUGAAUCAUCACGAAGUCAUGUAGGAAAUAACAAGUGCAAUACUGUAGAUAAAGGAUUUGAGGUGAGGAAGAUUCCGUUCGAAGAAGAAGCGAACGAGUCCGACGAAACCGCCACAAGCGAUUGCUCUGAGAGUAACUUGAUGUGGCAGUUGAAUGUUCAAGUGAAUAUGCCUAGAGCCGCCUCUAAUGGCUCUUCCACUAAGCUAAAGAAGAUUCAAACAAAAACCACUAGAGUUGCUGAGACCAAGAGUAUGAUACCUUCGCUAAUUCCGGCGCCUUCGAGGAGAUUAUCGCUUGGGGCUACUACCUCACCAGGACAAACUUCCUCAAGGCAUAACACUGUAGUUGUGAAGAAGAGACAAAACCCCAAGUAAUAAUAUUCAUCAAAUGAAGGAAUUAUAAACAUUUUGGUCGUUUGGUUUUGGCGGGGACAUUCAUAUGUGGUCACAUAUAUACACGCCGUAUAGGAAGAGUAGAAAUACGUAUGAACCAUAUAGGUUGAAUAUACUUGGAUAUGUAUUUGGGUGGCAACUUUAAAGAGUGGACAUUCAACAAAACUUUGUUCAUUCUAUGGUUUUCUUGUUUCUUGUCUUGUAACUGAUUGUUGAUAUAUUGUAUGUUACUUCUUGACACAAAUGUAUCUUCUAUUCACCGCCACUUUUAUAUUUAUGAAUUAUGAUAAAAGUUGUAGCUGGCUCAAAAAGUUGACCUAAAUAUCCCAAAUAUCUUAUCUCAAAUCUACAUAAUUUUCGC